CAAAUAUUACUCAACAAGUAGGCUUGGAACAAACAAACGUUGUGAACAUCAACGCACAUUCAGAAAUUUUUCCGUUAGAAUAUUCAAGAGGCAUUUUUAUCGACCUGAAAUAAUUCGCAGCUUGCUUCACGGGUAAAACAAAAAAAAGUCAUUCAACGAACGAUCGUACCUGUACACAAUUCAUACCCAUUAGUGUACAUUAAAAGGAAGGUACCCCCGUCUUCAAUUUCAUUUCCGAAAAUUCAAACCAUCAAAAUGGAAACAGAGAGUCUAUUGCUGACUGAUCUUCCAGUGGAAAUUUUAGAGCACAUAUUAUCGUAUCUCCCGUUGUCCGACCGUAAAGCCGCGUCGCUAGUAUGUCGCUUUUGGAACGAACUAGCUUUUAGCCGUCGAUCUCUGCGUCACGUCGCGCUCAACCUCAUCAUGGACUGGGAACAGUCCCAGCUGGAGUAUCUCCGAAAAAGUUCUCGCCAGUAUCGGAAAGUGUUUGCCUUUUUUGGGCCGGAAACGUGUUGUGAAUUUGAUUUUGAAUUGGUCGUCGAAGUUCUGAAUCUGUUCGGCGCUGAUCUGGAGAGUUUUCAUUGUAUGACGAAUUUCACUGAGGAACAACUGUGGAACGUGCUCGUACGUGCACCAAACCUUCAACACUUGGUUAUCGGAUUGGAUGCAUCUACUGUGAAGCAGCAGCUAAGCUUCCCCGUAUUGAGCCAUUUGGAAGAUUUAGGUUCAUUAAUCAAUGUGCUUCAGGUCCAGAGUUUACAGGCCCCUAACUUGACGCAGCUGAGUGCGAAUUUCACUACAUCUUCGGACGCAAAAGGAUCAUUAGCGUUUCUUCAACGGGUGGCUCCACAACUCAAUAGUUUGGAAUUGUUUUCAACAGAAUACUUCAUCCCGAUCGACGAACUUCGAUUCCCGAAGCUUGAAGUACUGAAACUCGCUGGGCAAAUUUGUGCAGCAAGCGAUAGUGCAAUCCGAUUGUUCUUCUCCAGUUUCAUGUGUUUAAAGGAAGUCAGACUGGAUUUCAACGUCAAGGAUCUAGUGUUGGAUGUUUUAACAACGGCGUGCCCGGCGAUAGAAAAGCUUCAUUUUAAAAAUGAUUUAAUGAAUUCGGAGUCUUUCCGAUUUUUGGAACGUCUGAAAUAUUUGAAGACGCUGAGUGUAACCGGGAGCAUCGAUUUCCGUAUCACGUUGGAGUGCAAACCCUUGGUAAGUGUAAAACGGUUAUUCGUACAGUUGUUCAACCUGAACGGAGAGGCGAGCAUCUAUGAAGAUUUCCGGCGGCUAAUGCCAAACGUUAACGACAUGACCGUGACAAUGACAUCACGUUCCAGACCGGAGUGCGUUCUCAUACAGAUCUGCCGGCACUUUCCACACCUUAAGCGACUGACUAUAUCCGAUGCAACCUCGCAGUAUCGUAUGCUAAGCUGCACAUUUUUCCAGGCCUUGCGGCAUCUGGAUCGACUCGAGGAGCUCACACUCAAGUCCAUUCAUACUCCGGUGGCGUUUAUGUUGCCGAACAAGUGUCUGAAGCGAUUGAAGAUUAAGUACUUUCACUGGUUAACUGAUGGGGAUCUUUUGAUGCUGUCGGAAAUCUAUCCAAACUUGCAAUAUCUUGAACUGUCCUGGUGUAGAAAGGUGACGUCCAGAGGCGUGGAAGAGUUUCGUUCACGGUUGAAGGAUUGCGUGGUUCAUUGUGUCCAAUCGAGACUGUAAGGUGUCUUCAGAACGUAAAGUUCAUAUUUCAUAGUGGGUUUUAUUGUAUUUUUAAAGAUUUGUACUUAUUUCAUAACAAAUUGUAUAGAUUUUGUUUUGAAUACAGUUUGGUGUUAUAUAAUGAAUCAUUAUUGAUAAUACUUCCUAUUCUGAACUCGAAAUACCGUUUUCACGCAUAUUCUCAACACUUAAAACUUACAGUGACUUUAAACGCCCUCAAUAACCAUGUAACAGCAUAUAAAAUAAAUAAAACAAUAAAAACAAGGAUAACUCAAUAU